AUGGACCGUUACAGGUAUUUCAUCUUCAAUCAGAAGAGUGUGGUGGUCCUCGGCAUCCUUCAGGUUGCGUGCGCGGGGCUUUGCGUGGUUUGCGGAUUUAUGGACGCAGUCUUCCGCAAGAGCACUACUUUGAGUGAAACUAGGGCUCCACUCUGGUCUGGACUGAUUAUGGCUGCCCCUGGUGUACUUGCCCUCUUUGCAUCCCAGAAGAAAAACCCAAUUUUGGUAAACGUCAUGAUCACAUCAUCUGUGAUGUCACUUUUUGCUGUUGUGAUUGUCUUCGUUUAUGCUUGCGUCACUCUCAGCUAUGGAGAAGAGGAUGAUGAGGUCUUCCACGCCCAUCCUAUCCCUGAAGUGAGGUUUGUGCUCAGCCAGAUGGUGAAAGGAGCAAACAGCACCCUUCUAGUGGCCUGUGUGGGAUCUUUGCUCUUUUCUUCUCUCAUUGCUUAUGUCGGCUUCCGCAGUCUGCCGCUUUGUGGCUGCUAUGACUCCACAAAUGGCAUGGAUUUUCUAGUUCCUCAAAAUGACCCUGUUACUCCAACUGAACUUGUAUGCACUUGGCAAGAUGGAGAUGAGCGAAUCUUUAACUCCCCCAUGUCAUUCAUGGAUAGCUGUCCUGAGCAGGAACAGCAGAAUCUCUCCACGCUUCCGCCAUAUAGCAGACUAGCUUAGUAAUUGAUGUUUUUUUUUAUGUGAAAUACUGGUAAAUAUAGUUCAUUAAUUUUUUACCAAAGAGCGAAUAAUGUCCAGAUUUCAUCAAGCCUGCUUGUUUCAAAUCAACUUAAAUUUGUUUCUUGAUGUUUAAGUUAUCAGUGCCAUAUUUUAUAUUAUCUUUGUGUUUUUUUGGCUUUAUACUUUUUAAAUGAUAGACUGAUAGGUUUACGCACGUAAACCUAUAUUUUACAAUAAAAAAUAUAUAACAAAUUAA